AGUAUUCUAUAGUAACUUCCUGAUGUUUCCUAAUCCAUGGCAGACAUGAAAUCUGUACUGAAGAGAUUUUCUUGAAAAUGCCUCUAUCGGCUGUUUCGAGGAAACUGCACUUCCAUAUGUUCCCUAUCCAUACGCAUAUAUGAUGCGAAUCGCUUCGCCAGAUUCGCCACACCCAUCUGCUUGUCAGUUUCUUCCGCAUGGAAUUUUCGACAAACAGUUUACCGACCAGAUGCACUUAUAAUCAUAAUCUUGCAGUUUUAGUGUCGCAGUUGUAGUGACAGCUUUUUAUAUGGGACGUCUGGACUCUAGUAGCAUGUUCAAGUUUUUUUCUGCUUUUUGUUCAUAUAGUUGGGAUUCGUGACCACUGAUGCCCUUUCCAUAUAACGUAAUCACCUGUUCCAUCGCGAAUAUUGUAGUUGUUUUUAUAUGGAAAAAGCUGACAAUAAUUCUUUAAUGGAUUACAACGGAUCACCUGUCCGCAUGCGUCGGUCUAAUGUAACCGACGACCGAGCCACGAGAUCACCACGAGCGUUAACCCGCAGUUUAACGCGGGACGAAGCCCAUCACGAUUCCGGGCGUUCAGGUUAUCCAAAGCAAGCUGACAGCGGCUUCCUAACAAAUUCUUCGGAAAGUCGCGACGAAUCACCAACCAGAGAUAUGCUGAGAAAGCAUCGUUCCCGUUCUCCCCGAUAUCCGUUGACGAUCGAUCUUUACAAAUCACCAACUCUCGAUUCUAUACGUAGCAUUUCAUUGUUGCACACAUUUGAAGAUCUGGAACACGAAAAAUACCUUUUAAAAGAUGAAAAUCGAGACAUGAAGGAUAUGGUUCUACAACUGCAAAGUACCGUACGCCAAUUGGAAACAGCGCGAACUCGAGAUUCUGAAAGGUUCGAUCUCCAAGAGCGAGAAAUCGAAGCGCUUAAAACUCAGCUAAAAUCCGAAAAGGAAUCUCGGCAGACCACUAUGGUAGCCAUGGAAGAACUGCAGUCAGAAGCGGCACGGAAAAGUGAAUUACUGUCUUUGUCCAAUGACGAGCUCAUCGAUGCGCGCGAAAGGUUGCGAACCUUAGACAAACAGCUUACGGACGAAACAACCGCAAAAUUACACACUGAACGCAUUGGCAGAGAAUAUCGCGAGAAAUUAGAUGACCUUGUCAGCGAACUGGACAUGGAAAGAAAGGUAUCCAGGGCUUCACUUGAUUCCUUGCGUGAUACAAAAGACCAGCUGGCAAAAACAAGAGACGAGUUAUUUAUGCUGCACGAAGCACUCAGAACGGUUAAGACUUCCGUUACAUCAUCUCCACCCCAUCAAAAUUUGUCCAGCCCUCGGUUAACAGUCGUUAACAAGGAAGCCAGCAACCAUUUGCGAGACAUUAUUAAUGCACACAAUCAACUGUCUCAACAGCUCACCGACGUCCAAUCACUUCACGCUAAGGCGACAACAGACGCUUCCGAUUUGUCCGAUCAAAUUAACAAUGUCGCACGUAUCCUGCGCUCGGAAACCGCGACUGAGAUUGUGGGGAACACCCUGAUGAACGAUAGGCCACUGAGAGACCAGAUUAGUUUACUGGAUGGUUUACGAACAAGUGCCCCGUUGGAUCCGCUGGCAAAAAGCAUAAUCACCCUUCUGGAUUUCGAAGUGAAGAAACGGAAGGUAGCGCGUGACGCCAUUGAAAACAGCCUUAAGAAGUUCAGCUGGAAAGGCGAAAAUCUCAAUAACACUCAACUUAUUCCGCUUAUGAAUGCCAUCUUGAUUGCGUGGUCAAACACACGUAGCCAGAUUGGCCAGAUAUCCAGACGCCUCGUUUCGAUGCGUGGACAAAUGAACAGCAUUCGGAAAUUUACCUUAGAUAUGCAGAAUGCUGUACAGACGAUGACGGUGAACUUUAAAAAAGAUACACUGCUGGGAAGUAAAUACCGACUGGAAGGAGCCGUUAUCAGUUUCAGCGACAUGGCGCGCUCGCGACACGACGCCAUUCGUCGAUUUUUGGAAGCCGCCCAUCAUCUGCAAAUGGCUGGUGAAAUUAACAGAGUGCGUUCGGAAGAACAAGCGAUCCGAGACAGAGCGGUGGGAGUGGAAAAAAAUGUUGUCAAGAAGCACGCCGAUCGAAUCACCGAAUUGGAAGAGAUUAUUGCUUUGAAGGAAGGCGAUCUGCAGAAAACACAAACUGAACUACGAGAUGCCGAGAGUAAACUGUUCAGAAAAAUCGAGGAGGCAAAAAAGUCUCAGAAGGAACACAACAGCACUUUGGACACAGUAAACAAAAAACAUACCGAGGAGAAGCAAAAUUUGCAAAGCGCGUCCUCACAAAUACAGCACCAGCUGGAAAACGAUAUUGCGAGAUUAAAGCGUGAAAUCCAGCAACGAAUAAAAUCUAUCGCGCUUUUGGAUGAAACAGUUAUGGCCAAGGACAACAAGAUUUCUCAACUACAGACGUCGCUGAGAGAACAGGAAAUGAAAAUUGACGAUCUUCGACGACAACUCGAAAUCGAAAAAGAUCCAUCACGUCACCAGAAACUUCACGCUGCUAUCAAAGGUUACGAGCGGGAAGCAAUCGACCUUCGAGCCAAAAUUUCGGAGCGAGACACCCUGAUUACCCAUCUUAAACGGCGAGUAGAUGAAGCACUGAAUCGUGGCCAGAAGAAAGUUAACGAAACCAAUGAGCGAAGCCGCGCAGAGCUCCAGGCCAAAGACACGAAACUAGCGGAACGAGAACGUGAACUAGAGAAAGUCCAGGAGCAGCUGACGCGACUGACCAGGGUUGCCGCCAAAGGAACUAACAGUCGUCGUAGCCGCGAAACCACCCUGGCAGCGGAUCCCGAUGUAAAGAACGUACUGAAUGUGAGAAGCGUAUCCGGCAGCGACGGUAUCACAUUUCCACCAAUUAUUCCGGCCGCUGGAAUCGUCGGAGGUGACCCUAACAGCAACGGACAGUUAACCAGACGUACCACUGCUCGAUCAGAAAAUCGAGCUCAACCGACCAGAAGACUGGUUCGCACGCAAUCGGGAAUGCGAUGACCUCGGAGAUGCGAUGCCGAAGGGAACCACGAUACUUCGUAUGAAUCCGCCUGCGUCUACCUCCAUACGUGCUUUGCUUCACAAGCCACAAACUUAGCUUUCCUGCAAAUAUUGAUUGAAUUGAAUAUAGAUACUUUAUACACAUGUUUAACAAAUACUGACCUGUUAAAGCUGUUUCUAAUUACUGUAUAUAUAUCUAUAUAUAUAAAAUUUAUGGCUAAAGGGUAGAACUUGUAUAAAAGUAUAUUAUACGAGUAUUUGCUUGAGUAUUUGCUUGUAUCUCUGCAGUACGAUACUAGGUUUGACUUGUCGCUCGUUUCUUAUUUUUCUUUUUGGUGUGAUCGAGUGUAAAAUGCUCGGAAUUACCGUACAAUACAUAUUGACGAAAAAAAUACCAAAGUCAUCAAAACUCCUGGGUAAAAUACGUGUGCUGUCCAAAGCUUCCAGAACGAAAUUUCUCACCCACCUGUAAGUUUGUGCAGAAACGGGAAAAGA